AUGCUUAUCGAUUUUCUUCCAGUUCUCAGAAAAGUGAUCCAUUUUCAGGAAAAUCCUUUAUUUUCUUUGGCAAUUAGACAUAAGACGCAUUCACUAUUACCAUCAAGGUCACUACGACCAUCAUAUCUUUUUUCUAAACGCUUUAGUAUGACAACACAGCAUCCUGAUAUUACUUUUUACACUUUUGGAACUCCUAAUGGACAAAAAGUCAGUAUCACUUUAGAAGAAUUAGGAAUCCCUUAUAAAAUUUAUCCGGUUGCAUUAGACAAAAAUGAGCAAAAGGAACCAUGGUUUUUGAAAAUAAAUCCGAAUGGAAGAAUUCCCGCAAUCGUCGAUCACUCUCGCAACGACUUUAAAGUAUUCGAGACCGGUGCAAUAAUGCGAUACUUGUGUGAGCAUUAUGAUAAAGAAGGAAAAUUUCUUCCAAACGAUGCGGACUUACGAUGCGAAGUUGAUCAAUGGUUAAUGUUCCAAAUGAGUGGUAUCGGUCCAAUGCAAGGACAAGCAGACCAUUUCAUUAGAUACGCAAAAGAGAAAAUUCCAUACGCUAUCAAACGAUAUGUAAUCGAAACUCGAUUAGAGGGUAGACAAUACCUUGUCGGUGACUCAUUGACAAUAGCCGACAUCGCAAACUUUACGUGGAUUGCCCAUCACGCGCUGAUUGGCAUCACAUUAGACGAAUAUCCAAAUAUCGCCGCUUGGCUAGACCGCAUGUACGCAAGAGAGGCCGUAAAACGUGGUCUGGAGGUACCAGAAAAAAGCAAGUUACUUGAAGAGGGAAGAGAUCCUAAGAAGGCGGAAGAGAUAGCGACGGAAGUUCGAAAAUGGAUUGAGAAAGCUGGGGCUAAGCUUUAG